AUGCAGAUGGUCCCAUCUUUCCCUCCUGCCUCUGAGUGUGCUGGAGAAGAGAAAAGAGUUGGUACACGCACAGUGUUUGUUGGCAAUCAUCCAGUUUCAGAAACAGAAGCUUACAUUGCACAAAGAUUUUGUGAUAAUAGAAUAGUCUCAUCUAAGUAUACACUUUGGAAUUUCCUCCCAAAGAAUCUGUUCGAACAGUUUAGAAGAAUUGCAAAUUUUUAUUUUCUCAUCAUUUUCCUUGUGCAGGUCACAGUAGACACACCGACUAGCCCGGUUACCAGUGGACUUCCACUUUUCUUUGUUAUAACUGUUACAGCCAUCAAGCAGGGAUAUGAGGAUUGGCUAAGACACAGAGCUGACAAUGAAGUCAACAAGAGCACUGUUUACAUUAUUGAAAAUGGAAAGCGAGUGAGAAAAGAGAGUGAAAAAAUCAAGGUUGGUGAUGUAGUAGAAGUACAGGCAAAUGAAACCUUCCCCUGUGAUCUUAUUCUUCUAUCAUCCUGCACUAGUGAUGGAACCUGUUACGUUACUACAGCCAGUCUUGAUGGGGAAUCCAAUUGCAAGACACAUUAUGCAGUACGGGAUACCACUGCCCUGUGUACAGCCGAGUCCAUUGAUACCCUCCGAGCAGCAAUUGAAUGUGAGCAGCCUCAGCCUGACCUCUACAAGUUUGUUGGACGAAUCAAUAUCUACAGUAAUAGUCUUGAGGCGGUUGCCAGGUCUUUGGGACCUGAAAAUCUCUUGUUGAAAGGAGCCACACUAAAAAAUACCAAGAAGAUAUAUGGAGUUGCUGUUUACACUGGGAUGGAAACCAAAAUGGCUUUGAACUACCAAGGAAAAUCUCAGAAGCGUUCUGCUGUUGAAAAAUCCAUUAAUGCCUUCCUGAUUGUGUAUUUAUUUAUCUUACUGACCAAAGCUGCAGUAUGCACUACUCUAAAGUAUGUUUGGCAAAGUAACCCCUAUAACGAUGAACCUUGGUAUAACCAAAAGACUCAGAAAGAGCGGGAAACUUUGAAGGUUUUGAAAAUGUUCACUGACUUCCUGUCAUUUAUGGUUCUAUUCAACUUUAUCAUUCCUGUAUCCAUGUAUGUCACGGUAGAAAUGCAGAAAUUCUUGGGCUCCUUCUUCAUUUCAUGGGAUAAGGACUUUUAUGAUGACGAAAUUAAUGAAGGAGCCCUGGUUAACACAUCAGACCUUAAUGAAGAACUUGGUCAGGUGGAUUAUAUAUUUACAGACAAGACUGGAACACUCACUGAAAAUAGCAUGGAAUUCAUUGAGUGCUGCAUUGAUGGGCACAAGUAUAAAGGUGCAGCUCAGGAGACUGAUGGACUCUCUCAAACUGAUGGACCCUUAACGUAUUUUGACAAAGCAGAUAAGAACCGAGAAGAGCUCUUUCUGCGUGCCUUGUGUUUAUGUCAUACUGUAGAAAUUAAAACAAAUGAUGCUGUUGAUGGACCUACAGAAUCAGCUGAAUUAACUUACAUGUCCUCUUCACCAGAUGAAAUAGCUUUGGUGAAAGGAGCUAAAAAGUAUGGGUUCACAUUUGUAGGAAUUCGGAAUGGCCAUAUGAGAGUAGAGAACCAAAGAAAAGAAAUAGAAGAGUAUGAACUUCUUCACACCUUAAACUUCGAUUCUGUCCGUCGUCGUAUGAGUGUCAUUGUGAAGACUCAAGCAGGAGACAUACUUCUCUUUUGUAAAGGAGCAGACUCAGCAGUCUUCCCCAGGGUGCAAAAUCAUGAAAUUGAGUUAACUAAAGCCCAUGUGGAACGUAAUGCAAUGGACGGGUAUCGGACACUUUGUGUAGCCUUCAAAGAAGUCGCUCCAGAUGAUUAUGAAAGAAUUAACAGACAGCUCAUCGAGGCAAAAAUGGCCUUACAAGACAGAGAAGAAAAAAUGGAAAAGGUUUUUGAUGAUAUUGAGACAAACAUGAAUUUAAUUGGAGCCACUGCAGUGGAAGACAAGCUGCAAGAUCAAGCAGCUGAGACCAUUGAAGCUCUGCAUGCAGCAGGUCUGAAAGUCUGGGUGCUGACUGGGGACAAGAUGGAGACAGCCAAAUCCACCUGCUAUGCGUGCCGCCUCUUCCAAACCAGCACUGAGCUCUUGGAACUGACUACAAAAACCAUCGAAGAAAGUGAAAGGAAAGAAGAUCGAUUACAUGAAUUGUUGAUAGAAUAUCGUAAGAAGUUGCUGCAUGAUUUUCCUAGAAGUACUAGAAGCCUUAAAAAAGCAUGGACAGAACAUCAAGAAUAUGGAUUAAUCAUCGAUGGCUCCACAUUGUCACUCAUACUAAAUUCUAGUCAAGACUCCAGUUCUAACAAUUACAAAAGCAUUUUCUUGCAGAUAUGUAUGAAGUGCACCGCAGUGCUCUGCUGUCGGAUGGCGCCUUUACAGAAAGCCCAGAUUGUCAGAAUGGUGAAGAAUUUAAAAGGCAGCCCAAUAACGCUGUCGAUAGGUGAUGGUGCCAAUGAUGUUAGUAUGAUCUUGGAAUCCCAUGUGGGAAUAGGUAUUAAAGGCAAAGAAGGUCGGCAAGCAGCCAGGAAUAGCGAUUAUGCUGUUCCGAAGUUUAAACAUUUAAAAAAACUGCUCUUGGCUCACGGACAUCUAUAUUAUGUGAGAAUAGCACACCUUGUACAGUAUUUCUUCUAUAAGAACCUUUGUUUCAUUUUGCCACAAUUUUUGUACCAGUUCUUCUGUGGAUUCUCACAACAGCCACUGUAUGAUGCCGCUUACCUUACAAUGUACAAUAUCUGCUUCACAUCCUUACCCAUCCUGGCCUACAGCCUGCUGGAGCAGCACAUCAACAUUGACACUCUGACCUCAGAUCCCCGAUUGUAUAUGAAAAUUUCUGGCAAUGCCAUGCUACAGUUGGGACCCUUCUUAUAUUGGACGUUUCUAGCUGCAUUUGAAGGGACAAUGUUCUUCUUUGGUACUUACUUUCUUUUUCAGACUUCAUCCCUAGAAGAAAAUGCAAAGGUAUAUGGAAACUGGACUUUUGGAACCAUUGUUUUUACAGUCUUAGUAUUCACUGUAACUCUGAAGCUCGCCUUGGAUACUCAUUUCUGGACAUGGAUAAAUCACUUUGUGAUUUGGGGUUCUUUAGCCUUUUAUGUAUUUUUCUCAUUCUUCUGGGGAGGAAUUAUUUGGCCUUUUCUCAAACAACAGAGAAUGUAUUUCGUAUUUGCUCAAAUGCUGUCUUCUGUAUCUACAUGGUUGGCCAUAGUUCUUCUAAUAUUUAUCAGCCUUUUCCCGGAGAUUCUCCUGAUAGUAUUAAAGAAUGUAAGAAGAAGAAGUGCCAGGAAUCCGAAUCUUGAACUGCCUAUGUUAUUGUCCUACAAGCAUAUUGACAAUGGUUACAGCUAAAAAAGAAAGCAGGAAGAAACAACUACAAAAAGUUUUCAUCUCAGGAUACUCAAUAUGCAACAAAUUAAACCACUCUCUUAUGUCUAGGGUUCAGAAUCAAUGUCCAUUAAAA